AUGCUCCAUACACUUACACCAGUCCUGUCCAGCUUGUUUCUAAUGCUCAACUUCCCCCACUACUCAGACCAGUACGUCUAUGGUGGGGACCUGAAGGAUGUCUAUUUCUAUAAGCCAGGGGACUUUCUAAUCGGAGGAUCGUUUGGUGUGACAGUCGACUGCAAACAUAUUGAGAACAGCAUCCCUUAUAUUAUGAUGAGAACAAUGGUCUAUGCAGUUGAGGUCGUCAACAAGAUGAGAGAAGUUCGUAGUGAUUUACAAUUAGGUUAUGUGAUCGUGGACAACUGCGAGAAAGCAAACGUAUCGGCUCUGCAAGCCCUUCGCUUCAUUCCCCAGUCAAAUCUAACAGCAUUAAUUGAUGAUAAAGACGUCCCUGGCUAUUUGAGAUCGUUCGAUGUAAUCGGAAUGGUAGGUACCGAGUCCAGUUCGACUACGAUACCACUCUCGUCGGUUCUUGGAGCCGUUAGUAUGCCAGUCAUCAGCUCGUCAGCUUCCGAAGACGAACUGUCGGACAAGGUCCAUUACCCAACAUUUUUUCGGCUUACAAGCGCACAGAGGCAACACAUCAGAGCUUUGCUGCAGUUCCUUGCCAUAAAACGUUGGCUCUACUUCUCCGUGAUUGCUGAAAAAUCAAGCUACGGGAUAGGUUGUUUGAGACUGUUGAACAAUGGGUACAAAUCGCAUGGCUUGUCCAUAGCUGUCAUCUCUAGCGUAAGGGAAGAUGUAGACGCCGAGAGCCUGCUUCUCUACCAUCGCAAACAUUUCGGUGUCUACGUUAUCGUUGUCUUCGUCCGAAACACAUUAGUACAGAAAAUUUCUAAGGCUGUGAAUAGCUCGGGUUUAGAAGGUUCUAUUAUCAUUAUAGGAUGCAAUUUCUUUUUAUACGAUCUGUAUUAUGGAAAUUUAAAUAAAGGCUUUCUAGUUUUAGCAGCGUCGGCCUAUCCUGUUCCAGGGUUAAAAGAACAAUUGUCGGAGUUAGAUGUAAAACAUCCGCGAGAUCCUUGGCUAAUAGACGUUUAUGAAAAAGUUUAUAAAUGUUUUAAUAAGGCUUGCGCUCAACGAAUAACUGAAGACAGCAAUAUACUAAAUACGAUACCCUUUGGGGAUAUAUUCGAUACUGUUAAGAUAUAUGCCAGAGCAUUGUCUUCUUUAUUAAAAACAUUUUGCCAUGGAAAAUCGAAACAAGAGGCGAUGUCUUGCUUCCGUCAAAAUAGAGGUGAAAUGGUUGCAAGCAUCGAAAGCGUGAUGUCCUUUACGGACCAAGGUCAUUUUGUUUUUAAGACAGAUAGAAUUCGAGUAUCGUCGAUAUCUAUUUUCCAGUCGAUCGUCAAUGAUGUCAGCCGUAAAGUCGUUGAGAUUUCUAGGUUCGAUUACUAUGCUGAGAAGACGACAUUUCUAGCACACAUGGACUUUGAAGGGUUCGCCGUGCCUGAAGAAAGGUUUUUGGCCUCACAACAUUGCCAACCCGAAUGUCCGGGGAACUCUUUUCGGUCCUACUACUCUCGCUACUGCUGGAACUGUAUUGAGUGCAGCCAUUACGAAAUCGUCACUGCCAACGGCACCAACUGCGAGAAAUGCCCGGCCCUGUACUGGCCGUCAUAUGAGCAAGGAAGGAAAACGAUUUGUAAAUUAAUUGAAGUGUCACAAGUCGACCUCUACUCACUAAAAUCCCAAUUUUUGAUUAUUCUAUCCAUAGUUCUCCUAACGAUUACAUUGAUUGUGCAGUAUAAUUACUAUACUAAAAAACAAACUCUCAUGAUAACCAGAUUUCACUUUGUGAUCGCCAACGGUCAAAUCUCCGCCAUAGCAGCCGGGUACCUGGCAGUACCUGUUCUCGUUCUUCAACCGAGAACGCUCAGCUGCUGCAUCGGUCUAAGCCUGUUCGAAAUCAGUUUUAACGCACUUUACAUCAGCAUGGCAAUAAAAACCUUUGAUCUCUUAUACUCGAGCGGAAAAAACCAUCGAAAACGUUUUAUUCGAGAUAUUGAGAUCAGCGCAGCAAUUGUAUUUGCUAUAUUUGAGACCGUUACGAUAGUGAUGAUGCAUUACGCUUUCCCUGUCAAGAUGGUGUCGCAACAGCCUUCUCAGCUGGUUGACUACGUCGAGGAAGUCUGCAUCUUUCCUCAAGUCCACCUUUUGUUAUUCCUGACACAAACCAUACUAAUCCUGACCUCCUGCAUGCUGCUGAUCUCUCGGUACCGAACUUUUAAAUUCCACUACUUGGAGAGCGAGUUCCUCUCCAUGUGCCUAACAAUCAAAGUCACCACAUGGGCGUCGUUCAUCCCCGCCUACUUCAUGUCCUACCGGCUACAGAUUCGUAUCUACUACAUCAUCCUAGCAAUCAUCAUCAAUCACACUACAGCCCUCGCGCUUUUGAUAGCCCCUCGGUUGUACUACGUGCUGACCAAUAGAAAGCUAAGCAAAGUAUAUGAAACACGCGUGGAGCUUCGAGACAGUAAAAUCAUAGUACACACUAAAGUAGGUGUGAAAGUCAGCACCGUGAAUGUAAAAGCACAAGAACGGCCUACGGAGCGAACGGAGCAUAGGGAGCAUAGGGAGCAUACGGAGCGUACGGAGCAUACGGAGCGUACGGAGCAUACGGAGCAUACGGAGCCUACGGAGCCUACAGAGCCUACAGAGCCUACGGAGAAUGGACCCCCGGUUCUUCAAAAUUGA